GGGGUGGAAGGAGCCGUGCGGCCGCGCCUGCGAGUCCUCGGGCCUGCGGCCUGACCUGGGGACGGCCGGAUGGCGUCCCGGAGCCGGGCUGAGUCAGUCAGUGCGCCGCCCGCGCCGCGCGCCCCGCCUAGCAGCCGCGCUCGCGUUUCGCUUUGCGGGCACCUUCCCGGCCGUGUCCUCUCGGCGCGGGCCCGGGGCCGACUGGGGGCGCGGGGGCGCGGAGCCCCGCCUCCGGGGCUUUCCCCGCGGCGGCGGGCGGCGGACGCGCGCGGGCCCGCAGUACCGACCGCGCUGUCGGUUCGGACGCUGCGAGCGCGGGAGGAGGGCGCCGCCAGCUCGCGCUGCCCCCCACACCCCGGCCGGGACUCGCCGCCGACGGCCGCGGCUGCCCGGCAUUCCCGCGGGCCCGGGACGAUGGCGCUGGACGCGGCGCCCCGGUCCCGCCUGGCCCCCGAGAUGAGCCGGCCCUGGCGCGCCCGGUUCCUCGCGCUCCUCUUCCUGCUGGCGCAGCUGCCUCCGCCAGGCGACGGCAACGAGGGCAGCGCCAUCGGGAGUUGUUACUGCCACAAAGCGAUUCCUUCCGGCCCCCCUCCGAUGGCGGGGUUCAUGGCACAUCUCCGAAAACACCUGAGAGCCUACGAUCGCUGUAAUUCCUACGUCAGGUUCCAGCUACACUCCCGGAGUGUGUGUGGGGGCAGCAAAGAUUCGUGGGUUCAACAGUUGAUGAGCUGCUUUGAUCGCAAAGAAUGUGGAUACGCUAACUCUGGCAGUGCGGCCCCCCAGGAGCAUUUACCUCCUCCCAGCACUCAGGUUCCUGAGCCCACACAAAGGGCACCUUCAGACACGGGCUUCCCUGCUCAGACAUACCCGCCACCCGCCUCGCAGUCUACUGCGCAGCCCACGCUUCCAGCCGGGGCACGGUCCUUGGACAAAAAUCUCACCCGUGCCAAUGAAAUUGCUACAUCCACCGAGGGCCGCAGUCUGGCGGCUGGGCCUGAGGCUGGGGAAAGGCAGAAACAGCUGGAAGAAAAAGUGGGGCCUUCAGCGGGGACCUCAGCCAUGGUGCCCGUGCUGUCUCUCCUGGCCAUCAUCUUCAUUCUCACCAUCGUCCUCCUGUACGUGCUGUGCAAAAGGAUGGCCCAUUCGCUGCCGCAGUCUCCAGAUUUGCAGCUUCCUUACAUACCCGUAGCAUCAGACUCCAAAGCCUGAGCUGAGAGUGGAAACCCAUAAGGACAUUGGCCUCAUGCCCUUGCCCCCUUACCAUGGUUCCUGGCUUCAGCCCCUCCGCUCAGGGUCCCACCGCCCCCUUGUCCCACCCAGUCUGUCUUCACACACCGGCUGUUCCUCCCCCGACUCCCCACUGCAGGCCUGGGCCCUCCCCCUCUUCCUCCCUCCCAAGUAGGCACCAUGCAGUUUGGUUUUAUUUCCUCAAUCCCCGUAUCACCCACAUAUGUUCCAGUGAGAGUCUGAGCUCCUUGUUUUCAUUGCUGUUGUUUUUAUUAUUAAAACCCCUAGUUCUUCUUUUAUCUC